UCAUUUUCUUUUUCAAAACCAAAAGCUUUCACUCUCCUACUCUCCCUUGGCUUGCUCAAGCUCAACAAAAACAAGUUUCAACAGUUCAACCUUUGGUUACAUAAUCAACUUUCAUUCAGGCCAAGUUCCAUGGUUGUUGCUUCUUGCUCUUCACUAUUCAGGUUGUUUCAAUCCCUUUGGCUGCUUCUGAUCGUGUUCCUUAGGGGAAAGCUUUUGCUUCUUGAUAACCAAAUUUUCCCCGUCUAGCAUAUUCGGAAGCGGUAGUGUUAUGAAUUAGCACUUCCAAGUUUCAGACAAGAAAUCCCUCUCAAUUUCCUGUAAAAUCUUACCGUGAGAACUGUAAAAAGAAGAAAAAAAUGGAGCCAAGAUGGAACGGGGAGCAGGGGACACUGAUCAGUGAGCUGAUUCAAGGAAUGGAAUUAGCAAACCAGUUAAGGAUGCAUUUGGGUGCAGCAUGUUCUGUUGAAUCCAGGGAUUUGUUAGUACAGGAGAUUUUGUCUUCCUAUGAGAGAGCUCUUCUGAUUUUGAAAUUGAGUGGGCCAAUAGGACAGCCUCAACAGAAUGUGGGAACAACAUCUGGCGUCCCUGAGUCUCCACUAUCCAUCAACGGCAGCCCGCGGAGUGAUGAUUUAGAUAACCAGGAUGUCCGAGAUGUGUCAAAGAAGAGAAAGAUGUUGCCUAGAUGGACGAAUCAGGUGAGAGUUAGUUCUGAAAGCCUGCUGGAGGGACAUCAGGAUGAUGGCUUCAACUGGAGAAAAUAUGGGCAAAAAGAUAUCCUCGGAGCCAAAUAUCCUAGAAGCUAUUACAGAUGCACCUACCGUAACACUAAGAACUGCUUGGCUACAAAGCAAGUCCAGAGAUCAGAUGAAGAUCCCUCCAUCUUUGAGGUUACUUACAGAGGAACUCACACAUGUGCCCAUGGCAACCAGGCAGUUCCACCACCAGCAUCACCCGAAAAACAAGAACAUAAACCAUACAACCUUGAUAAUAACAACCAACAUUUUCAAUCACAAGAUAUCCUCUUAACUAUUCGAAAAGGCCUAAUGGUCAAUACUGAGGGCUUAGACAAUAAAGAGAUGGCACCAUCCUUCUCUUUUCCUUCAGCAUCAUUUGGGUGCCUUAAGAGCCAAAACUAUUGUUUUUCACCUUCAGGAGUGCUUGAGAACAACGAUAUAUUAGGCAGCUUCUCUUCCCCUUUCAUGUCUUCUGCUACACCUGAAUUUAACUACUUUUCAGCUUCUCAUUCUCAGAUGAACAACUUCGGAGGGAUUCUUAAUACACAACAUUCUGAAUCUGAUCCCACGGAGUUGAUUUCAGCCAAAACUUCAGCCACCAAUUCUCCAAUUAUGGACUUGGAUUUCUCACUUGAUCAAGUAGAGUUGGAUCCAAAUUUCCCUUUCGACACCCCGGGAUUUUUCUCCUAAUUCUUUUUCACAAUCCAAAUAAGAGUAAUGCUAGAUGUUAAAUUCCCGUUCCACUUAGCGGAUUAGCUGGUUGAAUCUGUUCAUCCUAGCUUUGUGUUACGCCAAGAGCUUUUGUAGAAUAGAUAAGUCUCUUUCAAUUUAAUGUUGGUUGCAAUAAAUAUCCUUGGAUAACAAGUUUUGA